GGAGAUGCGGGGAAGGCCGACCCACAGCUGCAGGCGGCUGCACGGACAGCCCAGCGUGGCGUCAGGGCACAGAGCCGGGCGGGAAAGGCCCGCGACCCGCACCACAGGGGGCGUAUGUCCGCAGCCCCUUCGUUCACGGCCCAACAGUAAAGGCCUCGCAGCAGCUCCUACCAGACGGCGUGCUUCUGUCCCCGAGGAAGUUCUCAUUAACACCUGCCUGACGGUGCGGCCACGGGCGACGGAGGGGAGUCAGGACAGAGCGGGAGCAGCAGAGCCGGCAGCAUCUGCUUCACGAGGCAGGAGUUUGUCACCCAGGACAGGAGUUGCGCUGCCUUUAUCACUGCUUUGGCCAGAAUUAAGGCCAUUCAGAGCGACUUUUCCACUCGGCAUUAGCCAUGAGGGCCUCGGACGCCCCUCGACGCCUCACACCGCGCCUCGCGCGCCUCCGCGCGGCGGCUGUAGAGAACGCGGCGAAGCGCGGGAAGCAGCGCGCAUGCGCAAAGCCACCGCCAGCCGAGGGAGGAAGGACAGAGCCGCGCAGGCCGAGCGAGGACGGGAAGUCCUUCCUCUUUUCCCGCCCCCGCGCCGUGGCGAUUGGCUGCGGUGAGCGGAGGCCGCUCGCUCAUUGGCUGGGAGCCGCGUCCGCGCGGAGGAGCACGGCGGCGGCAUGGUUCGCUUCAAGAACAGGUGAGGCCGCGGUGAGGCGGCGCGGGGCCGCUCCCCCACCCCCUCGUAGCGCCCCACCGACCGCCGCCCGCAGUGAAGUACCUGAACGCCUACACCGGCACCGUGCUGCUGCGCUGCCGCAAGGACUUCCAGCGGCUGCUGAGCUCGGCGCUGCCGCUCGUCCGGCACCUGGAGGGCCGCGGGCAGCGCUUCCCCUGCGCGCUGCGCACGCUGCACGUGGGCGGCUGUUACACGGCGCUCUUGUGGCUCCUGCAGGAACCAUCAGAACCUGUCAGAAGUUUCUAAUCCAGUAUAACCGAAGGCAGCUGCUGCUGCUGCUGCGGAGCUGUACGAAUGAAGAGGAGAGGCGCAGUGUGCGGCAGGCGGUGCUGAGCUGCUCCCUCACAGAAGAGCAGGCACAGAGCGGGGAGGAGGAGGAGGAGGAUGGCACAGAGACAGACUGAGCAGCACUUGUUCGUCUUUGUUUGCAUCUGCAGCAUCAAGACGAUACCGAGUAUCUUACAGUGUUAAGUAAAGCAAGUAAAUGUACUUUUCAUGCCCCUACUCAGACUUCAUUUCUCCCUUCCCCAGUGUUCUUAAAUAAAAUGCAUUCAAAAAACCACAAAAGAUUACA